GAUGAGCUUGCGGGUGUUGCCAAUUAGUCUGGUGUAGGGUAUGAAUCCAUGCGUGAGUCAGUGACGAACAAGCUCGAGCGAUCAGCAAAUGCAAGCAAUGCCGGACUAACCGAUUAGGCUAAUGGUUUGAAGCAUGACGAACUCUUUCACUAAAAACGAACGCGUGAAAGAUUACAAACGGCUUUAAAGACUAACAAAUCGUUGGUUUCGGUAAUUGAUUGAAUAACCCGAUAGUAAUCUUGAGUGCAAAUUAUUAGUACAAAUUGCUGUCUCCCGAAUAAGGCGGCGGGUGAUGCUGCACGCCCACUGCAUUUUCUCUACUUCCUUUAAAUCAAUUUUACUUGGUUUUGGUUGGUAACAAGAUAGGUCCUAACAAUAAUGGACAGCUAAAAAGCGCGGUGGCUGCACACCACCACCUAUCGCCUAAUUCGGGGGAUUGCUGCACCGGUAUCUUGUUUGAUUUGAACAUUUAUUGAAAUCCACAGUAUCUAGUCCUGUUUAGAUGUUGCCAAAGUGAAUCCUUAUUCGAACAAAUGUUUGCUUACAGUGUGUCGUCAAAAAUGCGAAAGACUCUCUUGCUAGUGAUCGGUAUGAACAAAUUGCUAUACUAUAAAUGCUUACCGAUCGCCACAGUGGAGCAUCAUUCAACUUCGAUCGUUCACCGGAUUAGGUCGUGUAAUAAGUGCAAACGGGACCAGUAUGAAGAGUUUUAUAGUACUAUCCAUGGCUAUAGCCAUUGCGCUGGGAGCGGCUAUCGAUCGGCCAGAGCAGAAACAGGACGAUGCCGUUGUGGCAGAAUCUAAACAAUACGAAAAACGUGGACUUAGUGAUCACCGGUUCUCUUAUGGACGUCAUAUGGAAAUGUACGGCAGCAAACCGACUUCUGAGUAUGGUGCCGAAAGUGUAGAGGAUCUGAAGCAUCUCUACCAGAAUCAUAAAGCCCACGACUGGUCUAACGAAAGGCCUUCCUAUCUUAUGAAGAAGGUUCCAGUUCCAUACCGAGUAGAAGUAGAGAAACAUACUAUCAUUGAGAAGAAGGUGCCAGUUCAUGUAGAUCGGCCAGUUCCAUAUCCAGUUGAAGUUGAACGUAAGGUGCCAGUUUAUGUCGAAAAACGUGUCCCUGUACAUGUUGAUCGUCCAGUUCCUUAUGAAGUGAAAGUUCCAUAUCCAGUCGAAGUCGAGAAAAAAUACCCAGUGUACGUUGAGAAAAAGGUCCAUAUUGAUCGUCCAGUCCCAUACCGCGUCGAAGUGGAAAAGAAAGUUCCAGUCGUCGUAGAAAAGAAGGUCCCAGUGCACGUCGACCGUUUUGUAGCCGUUCCAGUGGAAGUGAAAGUCCCAGUACUCCACAAGGUCCAAGUUGAAGUUCCACAGCCUUAUACUGUUCAAAUCCCGAAGCCCUAUCCGGUGUACGUCGAAAAGGAAAUCAUCAAACAUGUCGAGAGGCCGGUGCGCGUAGAAGUGGAGAAGAAGGUUCCAGUUCCAGUUGUUCACAGAGUCGAAGUUCCGAAACCGUAUGCCAUCUACGUCCAACGACCGGUUCUGGUUGAAAAGCAACAGAAUGACGAACAUCGUCACCACAGUGAACACGACCACAAGGAUGAACACGUGGCACUGAAACUGACCGGAUUCGUAUCGGAACCGCUUCACCAUGAUAAUCAUGAUGAAGAAUACCACCAUCAAAACCAAGAACAACAUCACGCUCAUCAUGUUGCUGAACACCUAGCUCAGCACAAGGAUGAGCACGAUGCUAACGAAGAUUACCAUCAUCAAACUCAACACCAUCAACAACAGCAUGAUCGGUAUGAGCAUCAGCAGGCUGCCGAUCAUCAACAUCACGAUCAGCACCAGGCCCACCACGAUGCUGAACAACAUCAACCCGAACAGCAUCAUCACAUCCAGAUGCACUACAAGCGUGAGUCCAAAGAGUGAGAUCGUUGAUUCGUUUAGCUAGAACAAAUGAACCUGAAAAAGCUACUUCUCUAGUCUAUAUAUCUG